AUGGAAGCUAGCUCGAGUGGAACGGCGGAGUUGCCACGGUCUCUCUCACGGAGGACAGCUCCGUCGCGUGCGACCACUAUGAUGAUCGAUAGACCAAACGAAGAUGCAAGCGCCAUGGACAGCGAGCUUGUUCCUUCGUCCCUCGCUUCUAUUGCUCCCAUUCUUCGCGUUGCUAACGAAAUCGAGAAGGAUAAUCCUCGAGUCGCUUAUCUCUGUGGGUUUGAUUCUUUUUUCAUUUGCCGGUUUCAUGCUUUUGAGAAGGCUCAUAGGAUGGAUGCUACAUCUAGUGGGCGAGGUGUUCGUCAGUUUAAGACCUAUCUGCUACAUAGACUGGAGAAGGAAGAAGAGGAAACAAAGCCUCAGCUUGCCAAAAACGACCCUAGAGAGAUUCAGAAGUAUUACCAGAACUUCUAUCAGAAAUAUAUUAAAGAAGGAGAAACCUCAAGAAAACCGGAGGAGAUGGCCAGGCUUUAUCAAAUUGCCUCGGUACUGUAUGAUGUACUCAAGACUGUUGUACCCUCUCCAAAAGUGGAUUUUGAGACCCGUAGAUAUGCUGAAGAAGUGGAAAUGAAAAGGGAUAGAUAUGAGCACUACAACAUUCUUCCUUUAUAUGCCGUUGGGACUAAACCAGCGAUUGUUGAGCUUCCUGAGGUCAAGGCUGCGUUCAGUGCUGUUCGCAAUGUGCAUAAUCUUCCUCGGAGAAGAGUUCACUUGCCAUCUAAUGCCCCUGAUGAACUGCGCAAGGCUAGAACUAGGAGUUUCAGUGAUAUUCUUGAAUGGCUUGCUUCUGAAUUCGGGUUUCAGAGAGGGAACGUGGCAAAUCAGAGGGAGCACAUAAUACUUCUUCUUGCUAAUGCUGAUAUUAGAAACAGAACUGAUGAAGAAUAUGUUGAUUUGGAACCUAGCACAGUCACCGAGUUGAUGGACAAAACUUGUAAGAACUAUUACUCGUGGUGUAAGUAUUUGCACUGUAAGCCUAAUCUCAGGUUUCCAGAAGAAUGUGAUAAACAGCAGCUGCGUCUUAUCUAUAUAUCACUGUACCUUUUGAUAUGGGGUGAAGCCUCAAAUGUUAGGUUUAUGCCCGAAUGUAUCUGCUAUAUCUUUCACCAUAUGGCAAAUGACGUCUAUGGGAUUCUGUAUAGCAAUGUUGAAGCUGUAAGUGGUGAGACAUAUGAAACAGAAGAAAUUAUUGAUGAUGAAUCGUUUCUGAGAAACGUUAUAACUCCCAUCUAUCAAGUCAUACGCAAGGAAGCCAGAAGGAACAAUGGUGGCACAGCAAGCCAUUCACAAUGGAGAAACUACGACGAUUUGAAUGAAUACUUUUGGUCUAAAAAAUGCUUCAAGAUAGGAUGGCCUCUUGACCUUAAGGCAGACUUUUUCCUUAGCUCUGACGAGGUAACACCACAGAACGAGAGGCUGAAUCAAGUCACUUACGCAAAAAGAAAGCCUAAGACCAACUUUGUUGAAGUGCGCACAUUCUGGAACCUCUUCAGAGAUUUUGAUCGAAUGUGGAUAUUCUUUGUCAUGGCUUUUCAGGCUAUGGUAAUAGUUGGAUGGAAUGGCUCUGGAUCCCUGGGUGAUAUUUUUGAGAAGAAUGUCUUCAAAAAAGUGUUAACCAUUUUUAUUACAUCAGCGUAUCUGACUCUUUUACAAGCUGCACUGGACAUUAUCCUCAAUUUCAAUGCGUGGAAGAAUUUCAAGUUUUCUCAGAAACUGCGGUACAUUAUGAAAUUCGCAGUAGCGGCAAUGUGGGCGGUGCUUCUUCCAAUUGCUUACGCAAAGUCAGUGCAACGCCCUAGUGGAGUUGUAAAGUUCUUCAGCACUUGGACUGGUGACUGGAAGGACAAGUCUUUUUAUACAUACACUGUUUCACUCUACGUGUUACCAAACAUGCUCGCUGCUUUCUUGUUCCUCGUUCCACCAUUCCGGAGAAUCAUGGAGUGUUCAGACAUGCGCAUUGUCAAGCUCUUCAUGUGGUGGGCUCAGGCAAGUACCUUAAUCAUUAUCCUUCCAAAACUAUAUGUUGGAAGAGGUAUGCAUGAGGACAUGCUCUCUCUCUUCAAGUAUACCUUCUUCUGGAUUAUGCUACUGAUCAGCAAGCUUGCUUUCAACUAUUAUGUGGAGAUACUGCCCCUUAUAACGCCAACAAAGAUGAUAAUGAAUUUUCACAUUGAUAGAUACCAGUGGCAUGAGUUUUUUCCACAUGCAAGUAACAAUAUUGGAGUGGUGGUUGCUGUAUGGUCUCCAAUUGUACUGGUUUACCUGAUGGAUACUCAAAUAUGGUACGCCAUUUUUUCCACUCUGUUUGGAGGCAUACAUGGGGCCUUUAGUCAUUUGGGGGAAAUACGAACUCUUGGGAUGUUACGGUCUAGAUUUGAGUCAAUACCAAUUGCCUUCAGCCGCACCCUCAUGCCAUCAGAAGUUGCAAAAAGAAAACAUGCGGAUGACUAUGUGGACCAGAAAAACAUCACCAACUUCUCACAGGUGUGGAACGAGUUCAUUAUCUCUAUGAGAAGCGAGGAUAAGAUCAGUGACAGAGAUAGAGAUUUGCUGCUUGUACCAUCUUCUUCGUAUGAUGUAUCUGUCAUCCAGUGGCCACCUUUCUUGCUUGCUAGUAAGAUUCCCAUUGCUGUGGACAUGGCAAAAGAUUUCAGGGGAAAAGAGGAUGCUGAACUAUUCAGAAAGAUUAAGAGUGAUAUCUACAUGCAUUUUGCUGUUAUUGAGAGUUAUGAGACAUUGAAGAAAAUCAUUUCUGCUCUACUUGAAGAUGAAGCAGAUAGAAGGGCCAUGAAUCAGGUAUUUUCAGAAGUGGACAUGAGCAUACAGCAACAGACAUUUAUAUAUGAUUUCCGGAUGAGUGGCUUACCGCUACUUAGUGAUAAGCUGGAGAAGUUUCUAAGUAUAUUGUUAAGUGACUAUGAAGAUCAGGGAACAUACAAGUCUCAGUUAAUUAAUGUCUUCCAGGAUGUUAUCGAGAUUAUCACUCAAGAUCUCUUGGUUAAUGGCCAUGAAAUUCUUGAAAGGGCUCGUGUUCAUUCUCCUGACAUCAAGAAUGAGAAAAAGGAACAGAGGUUUGAGAAAAUUAAUAUACACCUCAUAGAAGAUAAAUGCUGGAGGGAGAAGGUUGUUCGGCUUCAUUUGCUCCUGUCGGUCAAAGAAUCUGCCAUAAAUGUUCCUCAAAACUUGGAAGCUCGCCGCCGUAUCACAUUCUUUGCUAAUUCUCUGUUUAUGAAUAUGCCUAAUGCUCCAAGAAUACGAGAUAUGAUCUCGUUCAGUGUUUUAACUCCUUAUUACAAAGAAGAUGUUCUAUAUUCAGAGGAGGAGCUUAACAAGGAGAAUGAAGAUGGGAUCUCAAUACUGUUCUACCUACAAAAGAUUUACCCUGACGAGUGGACCAACUUUUUGGAUCGAGUAAAGGAUCCUAAGCUUCCUGAGAAAGAUAAGUCUGAGUUUCUUCGAGAGUGGGUAUCUUACAGAGGUCAGACGCUAGCCAGGACAGUUAGGGGUAUGAUGUACUAUAGGCAGGCUCUGGAGCUUCAAUGCUACCAAGAAGUUGCAGGGGAAAACGCCAAGUUCAGUGUCUAUCAAGCCAUGGCAUCAAAUGAUGAUGAUCAGAAGGCUUUCCUGGAACGUGCUAAAGCUCUUGCGGAUCUGAAGUUCACUUACGUUGUCUCUUGUCAGGUUUACGGAAAUCAGAAAAAGUCCGGUGAUAUCCACAACCGGAGCUGCUACACGAAUAUUUUGCAGCUCAUGCUCAAAUAUCCAUCAUUACGGGUUGCUUAUGUAGAUGAGAGGGAGGAGACAGCAGAUGCAAAAUCUCCUAAGGUCUUUUACUCUGUACUUCUCAAAGGAGGCAACAAGUUUGAUGAGGAAAUCUACCGCAUCAAGCUUCCUGGUCCUCCAGCUGAGAUUGGUGAAGGAAAGCCUGAAAAUCAAAACCAUGCUAUCAUCUUUACACGUGGUGAAGCGUUGCAAACUAUAGAUAUGAAUCAAGACAACUACUUUGAAGAAGCUUUCAAAUUGAGAAAUGUGUUGGAGGAAUUUAACAAGGAGCGUGUUGGCAGACGCAAACCAACCAUUUUGGGUCUCCGAGAACAUAUAUUUACCGGAAGUGUAUCGUCAUUAGCUUGGUUCAUGUCCAAUCAAGAGAGUAGUUUUGUGACAAUUGGCCAAAGAAUAUUGGCAAAUCCUCUGAGGGUCCGUUUCCAUUACGGCCAUCCUGACAUAUUUGACAGAAUCUUUCACAUAACAAGAGGUGGUGUGAGCAAGGCUUCCAAAGUAAUAAAUUUGAGUGAGGACAUUUUCGGAGGGUUCAAUUCAACUCUGCGUGGGGGUUACGUUACCCAUCAUGAGUAUAUCCAAGUUGGAAAGGGGCGAGAUGUGGGGUUGAACCCUAUCUCCAUUUUUGAAGCAAAAGUAGCAAAUGGAAAUGGGGAGCAAACGCUAAGCCGGGAUGCUUACCGUUUGGGCCAUCGGUUUGACUUUUACCGGAUGCUCUCAUUCUAUUUUACCACCAUCGGAUUCUAUUUCAGUAGCAUGGUAUGCUCUUACAGUUCAUAUCCUAGUUUUUCAAUCUUAAUCUCAAUCCUGCUUUAACUGCUUUGACAUGUACGUUUGUUUCAGCUCACAGUGAUUACGGUUUAUGCAUUCUUGUAUGGACGUAUGUACAUGGUUAUGAGUGGAGCUGAGAAAGAGAUCCUACGGCAAGCAAGCCCGAAUCAGCUCGAGGCUCUUGAGCAGGCUCUGGCUACACAGUCAAUAUUUCAGCUGGGUUUCUUGAUGGUGCUGCCUAUGGUAAUGGAGAUUGGCUUGGAAAAAGGGUUUCGCUCUGCUAUCGUCGAUUUCUUCAUAAUGCAGCUGCAGCUAGCUUCCGUGUUCUUUACGUUCCAGCUUGGGACAAAGUCGCAUUAUUACGGGAGGACAAUUUUACACGGCGGUUCCAAGUAUAGACCAACGGGACGUGGGUUUGUUGUCUUUCAUGCAAAGUUUGCUGAGAACUACAGGUUAUACUCGAGAAGUCACUUUGUGAAGGGGCUUGAGCUGCUUGUGUUGCUGGUGGUUUAUCAAGUCUACGGGCAUUCGUACCGGAGUUCAAACCUUUAUCUGUAUAUCACGGUCUCGAUGUGGUUUAUGGUUGGGUCUUGGUUGUUCGCACCGUUCAUUUUCAAUCCUUCAGGGUUUGAGUGGCAAAAGACGGUUGAUGACUGGACUGAUUGGAAAAGAUGGCUUAAUGAUCGAGGAGGUAUAGGUAUCCCAGUUGAUAAAAGCUGGGAAUCUUGGUGGAACGUGGAGCAAGAACAUCUCAAACAUACGAAUAUAAGAGGGAUGAUUCUGGAGAUCACACUCGCUCUUCGCUUUUUCAUUUAUCAGUACGGCAUUGUUUACCAGCUCAACAUCUCUCAGCAGAGCAAGAGCUUUUUGGUUUAUGGACUCUCUUGGGUGGUUUUGCUCACAUCAUUGCUUGUUCUAAAGAUGGUAUCUAUGGGCAGAAGAAGAUUUGGAACUGAUUUUCAGCUAAUGUUCAGGAUUCUUAAGGCACUUCUCUUCCUCGGGUUCUUGUCGGUCAUGACUGUGUUAUUUGUUGUGUGCCAACUCACACUCACUGAUCUCUCUGCUUCAAUUCUUGCUUUUCUUCCUACCGGGUGGGCGAUUCUUCUGAUUGGGCAAGUUCUGAGGUCUCCGAUCAAAGCUUUAGGGAUAUGGGACUCGGUGAAGGAGCUGGGAAGAGCGUAUGAGAAGAUAAUGGGACUUGUAAUCUUUGCACCGAUCGCUGUUCUGUCUUGGUUCCCCAUUGUUUCCGAGUUCCAAGCUCGUCUUCUUUUCAAUCAAGCUUUUAGCAGAGGUCUUCAGAUCUCUAUGAUCCUCGCUGGUCGGAAAGACAAAGCAGCUUCUUCGUACAAGUAAAACCCUAAAACAUGCUCUGUUUUCUGGUUUCUUGGGUUCUAAGGAACACAUCUUUCUUCUACAGAACGGUGUCGUUUACGGUAGUUCAAUACUUACUUACUAGUUGUCUAUAAAAAGGUGUAUAUUAUAGCUGUUUUGUUUCGUUGGACUUGGACACCUCACUCUCAUCAUCACUCAUGUGUUGUAGUUAUCACAAUGAUUUUGACAUCUGGUCUUUAAUAAUAGGAAUAUUGAUUUCUUUUA